CUGGUUCAUUCACUGACUGCUGCAGUGAGGAGGGAGAUGCUUGCAUGCACGGGCUGCAAAACACCCACGAGGCUUCCAUACCUAGCGACCUGUUUUCUUCCAACAAAAAAAGGGGGACAAUUAGACUUCCACCACUGCUGAGUAAACUGCUGUCCCGAGGAGGCGAACAAGAAAAAGAAGUAAAAGAACCAGGCAAAAAGAGCUGGUGCACAGCAUUUAAAAAGUCUGCGCUGUGUUUUAAAAAAAAAAAAAAAAAAAAAAAGCUGAAGAAGAGCAGGAGGGAGGAGAGAAGCCGGGAGGAACACAAGGCAGCAAUGGAUAGCAGAGUGGCUCAGCCUGACCCUGGGAUGGCCUGGAUUCACACACUGCUGCUGGCCAACAUCCAGCACACACACUAGGCUGCUAACGCCAAUGAGCUCCCAUGUGUUCGUUCAGCCAUGCUCCCUGGUUAUGGAUUCUCACCUUUUCCUGAUUUCCAACCCCACCUUCACGCUUUUCGCUGCCGAGGAGAGAGUCCCAGCAUGUGGAUUCCUGGCUCAGGAGAGUCCCCAGCUCUGAGUGAGGCCCAGGAGGACAGGUCUCUCCUCCACCCGUGCCACCACAAGCACGUCGCUGUAUGCCAGCAGGAAACCUUAGCUUUUAUUGAGCUACAACCAUCAGUGACUCCUAAACUAAACGGCCAUGGCUCUCCAAGGCCGACUGUUAUUCCAGACGCACAAUGCACAACACAUUCCCCACCCCUGAACGGUUUCAGGCACACACUGAACGAACUGAAUGAUAUGCAGCACGGCUGCCCCAGGACAGACAAUGUGCAUGAAACAAGGAUGGAUUUGAACUCUCGUACACCUGCGGGUGACGGAGUGCCUGAAUGCCAAAAUGGCAGCAGGACUUCUUUGCAGGAGCAGACUGAAAAACCACAAACUGUCACAACAGUAUGUCGUCCUCUCCACGCAACUCUUAGCCUCCCUCUGUCAUUCCCUCUGUCCUCUAUAUACACAAACAGAGAAUCCUGGGAUUCUCAUUUGCCCUGCUCCUCAUCCUCAUCUGAAGGUCUUGAGUUUCAGAGUCCCGACUCCUACCAGCCACAGAGGAGAACAUCACAGGGGUCAGUGAAAGAGAAGUCUAUCCGGCGUAAAAUGCAGGUUUAUUCCCCAGACAGCCCCAGUGAUGAAUCUCUCAGCAGCCCAAUCCUGGAUGCAGACUACAUCUUCCCAGGACCUUUUGCAUCUUUCCUGGAGGAGGACCUCAGUGGAUUAUCUUCACUAGAGACCAUCACAAGUCCUUCGUCCACAGACGGUGCUACAGAUCUCCCAAACCUCAGUCACAAUGACAUUUUACAUCUACCUGCAGAACCACUGCAGAUAAUAGAGGACCCAAUACCAGGGGUGGGGGAGGACAGCGGGAGUGUAGAGACGUCACACGCCACAGGGGGCAGCUUUUUGUCACGCAGCCGUCAUGGGGACCAAGAGCGACGGCGCUUCUCAGCUUCAGAACUGAUAUCCAGACUUCAGCUGUCCCAAAGGAAGAACUCUUUCACCUUGAAGCUGGGAAAGUCGCUGUCUGCUCGGGUAGCCUCCAAGGACAGACAGAGUUCCCACAGUCUCAGCCCCAACCCUGACUACAAGUCCAACCCCAGGCACCGCAGCUCAGGAGGCUCUAGUGAUAGCGCCCCCCACAGUCCUGUAGGACCUGAACCUCCACUGCCCAGCAGUGACAAUGGAAUGCCUUUGCAUCGGUGGAGCACAAAACUCGGAAUGCGAAAGAAAUCUGUAGAGGAGGACUUGUGCACACUUACAACUGUUGCUUCUUCAAAUCGCUUAUCACGAUUUUUGCCUAGUUCGAUACUGUACCAGGAAUACAGUGACGUCGCCAUCAACAGAGAGAUCCAGAGGCAGCAGGGGAAGGAGCCAGGCACAGAGGAGGAUGGGCUCAGGGACGAGGGGUCAGACGGGACCCCAUCUCCGUCCAAUCUGUCUCCAUCCAGCUCCUUUCGUUCCUCACGAGGCUCGGCUUUUGCACUGUGGCAGGACAUCCCUGAUGUUCGCACCAGCGGUCAGCUCGAUAACUUCAGCAAUGAGGAAAGGAAAUUACAGGAGGCAAAGUUUGAACUGGUGACUUCUGAGGCAUCAUACAUUCGUAGUUUGACAAUCGCGGUGGACCACUUCAUGUUGUCACAGGAGCUCUCUGAGUGUCUCGGAGCUCAGAAUAAGCAGUGGCUCUUCUCCAAACUGCCUGAAGUCAAAGAUGUCAGUGAGAGGUUUCUUCAGGACCUGGAGCACCGGCUGGAGGAAGACAUUCUGCGGUUUGAUGUGUGUGACAUUGUCCUGGAUCACUGCCCAGCGUUGCGAAGGGUUUAUUUACCUUAUGUAACCAACCAGGCGUACCAAGAGCAGACAUACCAGCGUCUGCUGCACGAGAACCCUCGUUUCCCUGCCAUCCUGGCCCGUUUGGAGGAGGACCCCAUCUGCCAAAGACUUCCUCUGACCUCUUUUCUAAUCCUCCCGUUCCAGAGGAUCACACGGCUUAAAAUGCUGGUGGAGAAUAUCUUAAAGAGGACAACACCAGGAUCUCGGGAUGAGGACACUGCCACGAAAGCUUUCAAUGAGCUAAAAAAGAUCAUCAAAGAAUGUAACUCCAGUGUGCAGUCAAUGAAGAGGAUGGAAGAACUCAUCCACCUCAAUAAGAAAAUUCAUUUUGAGGGCAAGAUCUUUCCUCUGAUUUCUCAGUCGCGCUGGCUGGUGAAACACGGUGAACUCCUGGAAGUGGACACCCAGACGAUGAGUUAUUCUGGAUCUAAGCUCAAGUUACCCACCAAGCCUGUGUACCUCCACCUGUUCAAUGACUGUCUGCUGCUGUCCAGGAGGAAAGACACAUGGAAGUUCAUGGUGUUCGUCCAUGCCAAGAUAGGAGAGCUGAAAGUGAAGGAUCUCAGUCAGAAGCUGCAGGGAAUCUCAGGCUUCAUCUUCCACCUGCAACUGUGUGAAGGCCAGCAGCUUAAACACCAGAUUCUGCUCAAAUCACACACUGAGAGUGGGAAGCAGAGGUGGAUCACAGCAAUGUUUCCUUCUGAUCCACUCAAAGACAUUGAGCAAGCCACUGAGAAUGCUGAUAAAUUCCAGGUUCAGUGCAUCAAAAGCUAUCAGGCCCAAGAGCACGACGAGUUAACCCUGGAAAAGGCAGACAUUCUUCAUUAUAAGACCAUUACAAGUGAUGGCUGGGUGGAAGGCAUCAGACUGUCUGACGGGGAACGGGGCUGGUUCCCCAAAACCUACGUGGAGGAAAUCACAAGUCACAGUGCACGCCUCCGCAACCUCCGAGAGAAUAUCCGCAUCAAAUGUGUCACACAGAAACUGGAAGGGGAAGACUGACCAAUUUUAAUGCAACGUCUUGUGUGUCAAAGGUGCAUUUCAAUUUAUAAGCUGCAUUUUAAAGCUUCUGGAUCAUUAUUUUAAUUUUAGAUGGAUGUGGGACCUUCGUAUAGUAUGCAGAUGCUAAAACAGGCUAACAUUUCUGAGCGUUGUUUGCAUGGCUUCUGCACUUGGUAGCAACAUUUUCCUUUAGCAUGCUAGCUGUGAAUACAUGCUAGUGCAACGCUUUUCAUGCUCCAUUACAUAUUAUGUUUAAAAGGCUUUUAUACAAUGAGAGUCUGUUGUCAGAAGUUCACAUUAUGACAUUUUUUUUAACAGUUAUGCCACUCUGCAGUUGCUAAACUUUGUAGGAGCAAUUACUUUAUGCAUGCUUUCUGUAAAUGCAAUUCAUGAAAUGUGAGACUUUCUAACAUUUCUGUGAUAAAUCUGGUAUACAUGCAUGCACAUUUACCAGCACAGGUAGUAAAUGUAAACACAUCCAAAGAUAAGUGUUUACAUUUCUCGGUUCAUGUGAGAGGAUAACAGUAGCACCCAGCUAACUCUGUACUACAUUUCUCUUCUAUCAUGUCUCAUGUGGCCAGAAUCCCUCUUUGGACUGUCUUAUGCAGUAAACUGAGCUUUGUGAGGUGCAAGAGAUUCAUUCAUGUAACAUUGCAACAUCAGAAAAUCGCCCGAGGCAUAUCCUGCUGCUGAGCUGCAUGAGGACAUAUCAGAGGCCUUUUAUCUUUUUUUUCUUUGUUCACACUGAGUUCUGCUUUACUUUUGAAAGGCAGAUAAGAAGUGUUGCUCUGUUGCAGAGUUACAGUAGUUACAAGAAAUGAAUGACUGAUAAGUGUUUUGUGUUUAAGUCCAUCCCAUAGCUGGAAAUACAACAAGCAGUUGAUUACAGCUGUGAUUUAAAAGAUGUGGAUUGGUAAAUUGUCAACCCUCUUUGUAUGAGCAUGGUCUGUAGUAACAAUGUAUGAACUCGGAUGAUUGGUCAGACAAGGCAACUGCAGAAUGGUGAAUUAAAUAUUUUUAAGAUGAUUUUCAGGAUUCAAAUGAAAGGCAGAAUAUCAUAUCUGCAAGGCCUCACUACACAAAUACUUCAUUUCCUUCAACCCACUAAUCUGAUUAAAGGAUUAAGCUGGCAAUAUUCUAUAUGUUUUUUAUUGUCAGCAAAUCCCAUGAAAAGACCCAAACCAACAAUGACCUUAUCACACUAACAUGUAUUUUCUAGCUACUGUGUUCCUCUGUGUCAUAUUAAAAACACAUCAGUGAGCCACACUGUUGUACUGGGAGACAUGUUCCUUCCUUACCAUAAGCACACACAUGUAGUUUAUAUCGACACAGUCCCAUAUACACCUUCCCACUGCUGUAAAUACUCAUUAGAGCACCAAAUGUGUAUAAAUCCGCAGCUGAAAGUAGUCCCCAACAAAUGCACUA